CGGGGCGCGCGGGCCAUGGAGCCGGCGCGCUCGCCCCCCGCGCGCACCCGCCCGCCGCCGCCCCCCGCCGCGCGGCCCGCGCCCGCCGCGUCCCGGCCGCGCUCGCCCGCCGAGGCCGAGGCCCGCGCCGCCGAGGGGCAGCUGCGGCGAUCGGGGUCGGGCUACGAGGGCAGCCACAGCUGGAAGGCGGCCCUGGAGGACACCACCACCCGUCUCCUGCUGGGUGCCAUUGCAGUCCUCUUGUUUGCGAUCCUGGUGGUGAUGAGCAUCCUGGCAUCCAAGGGCUGCAUCAAGUGCGAGGCGCCGUGCCCCGAGGACUGGCUGCUGUACGGGCGCAAGUGCUACUACUUCUCGGAGGAGCCGCGGGACUGGAACACCGGCCGGCAGCAGUGUCACUUGCAGGGCGCGGCGCUGGCCGUCAUCCAGAGCGAGAAGGAGCUGGAAUUCAUGUUCAAGUUCACGCGACGGGAGCCCUGGAUCGGCCUGCGCCGAGUGGGGGACGAGUUCCACUGGGUCAACGGGGACCCGUUUGACCCGGAGAUGUUUCCCGUCGCGGGCCUGGGGGAGUGUGUCUUCGUGGAGCCCACGCGGCUGGUGUCCACCGAGUGCCUGAUGACCCGGCCCUGGGUGUGCAGCAAGAUGGCCUACACGUGAGGCCCAGCUCCAGCCUCCUGGUGGCCUUUGGGACAGCAGCGUCCUCCACGACCACCCCCUUCUUCCUGGAACCUCUAGCGCAUCAGACGGGGGAAAAAAAAACUGCUGGGGCCAAG